AUGUCGAAGACGCGUGUUAAAGAGGUCAACCUCACUCUGACCAUCCCUCCCCCAAUGUCAUCUACCACCACCAUCCGCAUCGACCGUAUUAUGCCGACGCCACCGGCGAGCGCCCACCACACACCUUCGAGUAGUCUUGCAUCCUCUUCUUCCACUCCCGUCGGCCCCGUGCUUUCGCGUGUCUCUUCUGCUUCGAGUCUCGCCAGCAACGGUCGGCGGCGGCCUCUGCCUCCUCCGCCCUCGGGAAAGAGCUCGCCUAUACCCCAGGCUUCCCCACGUCCUCUCCCCACCCCUCCUAUCUCAGGCAACAGCACCCCCGCUUUUUCGAGGCAGUCUUCCCAUUCGCCAACCAACUCUAUUUCGAGUAGGUCAAGUACCGCCAGCUCGAUUCCCGAAAACUAUAGCCCCUCUGCAUCGAGCUCUAGCCGGCCAAGCACAUCUGCUUCUGGCUCGAGCAAGUGCAGCAGGUCCGCCACCGCCGACUCGUUCGGCGCAUCGUCGUCUAAGCCCCAGCACCGCCAACAACAACCUCAGCACCAGCUUAGCCCGUUGAGUAUCCCCUUCCCCGUCAGAGCCCGCACGGUCUCCACGACGUCCAAGUUCUCGACGUCGACAUCGCUCUCGCUCGCUAUCCCGCCAACGCCACUAACGCCUUUGACGCCACCUCCCCCCUCACCGUUCACGACGAAGCGGAGGCGGCUCUCAAAGCUCCGGCGGCACUUUGGCGACGUGCCCCCGAUCGAGCUCGUCUUUCCCGCCGGUAACCCGCCGAAUGCCAAGUCUGCCGAGCUCGAGAAGAUGAACCUCCGCCGGUUCAAGGACUCGCUCAUCACUGUCGCGCGCACGAUCGAGGUCGACACGCCCGAGGGGCCCGAGUCCGAUGAGGACGAGGAUGCGGUGGUCUGUCUCGAGGACGGAAAGUGCACGUUCGGCGAGGACGACGAAAGCAGCUGCGACAAGGACAUCGAUGCGAUUAUUCAGGAGCAGCUGUCUGGGAGGAUCCGGGGUGUGCCCGUAGAGGAUGAGGAGAAGUUCAAGUACAUGGUGAGACGCUUCAGCAAGAAGUGGGUCACCGAGAAGAGUGGGAGGCGUCUCACGACGGAUGACUACAGCGCGGUCCUGAAGAAGCUUCGGGAGCUCUGA